AUGGAAGAGGAAAUGGAAAAUUUAUAUUGUAUUUAUAAAAAGAAGGAUGGAAAACGAGAGGAGGAGGAAGGAAGAACAAAAUAUAACUUUAAGAUUUAGAAACCCCUUUUUAUUUUAUGAUAAAUAUAAUUUGAUUUUGAACCGCUCUUUUUCUUUAGUUAUAAUACAUCACAAUACACUGGUUAGUGUAAGAAAUCACACUUUUAAAAAAACGUGUCUCAUGAGACGGUUCGUAAGAUAUCGUACUUAAAGUUAUGUCAACAUUUUCGUAGAGAAUCCUACGCAAUGCAAGAUGGCGGAUAUUGUUGUAUUCUUGGUGGAAAACGGUAUAUUUUAGCAGUGUUUCUUAAUAAAAAUGUGUUUUGAUGAUAUUUGUUUCGAGAUAUGUGUGUUUCAGUUUCAAUACUUUCAUUCGUGGUAAAAAAAAACAAAAAAAGCUUAGAUGCUUUCUAAACCCUAUUUUCACAACCCUCAUCUCAACCCGGAAGAACCAUACAGAGAACUACAAAUUGAACAGCGUUCUUGUAUAUGUGUGUGUGUUGCUCCCAUCUUUUGUAGUUCUAAUGUGUUUUCACUAUUAUGUGAGAUUGCGACCGGGAACCUUCCAUGCUUCUUUAUGGUAUAUUGGAGUGAGAAAAAUACCUGUGUUCAGUGUGAGUGGUGCAACCCUAUGUCAUAUAAAUUGAUGAGAGGGCAGGCCCCCCGAGGGUGUACAUAAGGAGGACCUGAACUUUGAGCUGGAUUCGUUUUCAAAGCUCUUGACUCGCAGGAUGAACGCCCUCCGAACUCUGUUUCUCUUGGCUGCCGGCCUCUCUGUGGGUGAUUGAAACUUCACAAAAAGCUUCACCCCCCAUCUCCCUUGUGAAAAAAUACGGUAUUUGGGAUUAAUCUGCAUGAUGCUCCUUCUGGUCCUGUAUAACCAGUUUUCUCAUCCUUCCAGCUUAGUGUGCUUCAGCUCUGUCCAUCAACGGCAAGUCGCUCUACCAGUUCCAGCAAAUGAUCCUGUGCACGAUGAAAAGGGGCGGCUCUGGUACGCCUGUGGACGAGCUGGACAGGUGCUGUCAAGUGCACGACAACUAUUACGGUGACGCCCUGGAGCACCACGCAUGCUGCACCAUUUUCACCAGCCCUUACAUUAACAACAACGAAUGUGAGAUGUUAAUCUGCGAGUGUGACAGGAAGGCGGACGAGUGUUUCGCCAGAUCGACUUAUAACAAUGAGCACUAUAACCUGCCCGGCGACCGAUGUCACUGGAAACUUCUUCAGUUAAUCGAGCACAGGAUCCACUCCCACACACGACACACCCAUCACUGAGCUCUCAGGAGCGGCAGCAGCUUGUUUCGUCCGCUCAUUGAAA